AUGGACGAAACGGAGAAUAUAAACGUCAAAGAAACACCGUGUAUCUCGAUAAACUCGACCAAUCAUAGCUGGUAUGACAGUGUCGAUAGCGGUUACGUGUCGCUCACGCCUCAGUCCGGUGGCUACACGCCAAUUAUUUCAGGAUAUAGAUCUAGGGUAUCGUAUAUCUCGUCGAAGAGGCAUCAUAGAAUACGAUUGGAUCCUCUUCAAUCGGACUUGCGGGCCCAAAGACACAGCACACCUCAGAUAAUAAGCCAGGUUUCACCCAGGCGAAAAACGUCGCCGUCGUCGCAUAUCGUUCUAUCGCCAAACUGUGUAAAAAAAGCUAGUCCCCCGAUUACUUCGACGGACAACCAGAAAUCGAGUAAAUACUCGAUCACGAAUCUUGCUACGAUCGCCGAGAUCAAACCAAAGAGGUUGGACUUCAGUCAUUGUGCGUUGUCCGGUGCUCUGCAUCACAUCAGAGCCACGCCAGAUUACACGGGUAGAGAAACGGUGGAUAUACUGGCGCUUCUUGGCGACAAGAGCAAUCAUUGGAGAAUCGUGUCCAAGAUACUGUCGUUUCUCGGGCCGCAGGAUCUCUGUUCGGUAAGCAUGGUGUCGAAAACGUGGAGGACGAUUUGUAUGAACGAUUCUAAAGCCAAUACCAGAAGACUGAUCCACGUAAUACUCAGAAAGAACGUUAAAGAGAAUCUGAAGCUAAUCAAAAAGUCAAAGAUGGAGGGAGACAUUCAGAGCAGCCCCAAAAGCAGAUACGCCAGGAAAGGAUAUUUGCUCGAGGUGCAAAAUCUUCUUCAAGUACCAGGAAAUCAGCUACCACCUGGCAGUCCACCUGUUUCUCCCAGCAAAGUGAAAUUUCACUCUUUCGUCAAGGUAAGUGAAUUCCUCGAUGUAUUUGUCGUCAAAUAAGUAUCCCAUCGUGGAUUUCCAUUCGAAGUGAUACCUAAGAAAAUGAUCAUUAGAUGCAGAAUAAACGGAAAUAAGUAAAUGUAACUUGAAUUAUUCUACGUUGUUUCAAAUUAGUUUGAAACUUUUGUUACAUUUAUUUUAGAUGAAAUUCUACUUUAUCGACAAUUAAAUUUAACGUGGUAAUAUAUAAGGUGUAAGAAAUUAAAUUGAAUUAUCAGUUCAUCAACCUGUGUGAGAAACGUGAGAAAAAGCGCAUGCAUUUUCUACGGCGCGAACGUUGCCGUAUUUAAACGAUACACAAAGUUUCUCUCUGAGGAUCGUAUUCGAUCCCUGUAAAGAAAGAAAUAUAUGUUCUACAUCAGUCGGAGUCGUAUUUUUGUCGGCAUUCGAGUGACGAGUAGUCAAAUUUCAAUGAGAAUUUAUUUGCUAUUCUUAUUGUUAAAUAUUGAAUCUCGAAAGAAUUUUAUUUCGAUAAGACAGGAGGUUGCAUUGAUUUAGCAGGGAGAAUUGAAUAAUUUAUUAGAAAAAAAAUCGGAAACUUUAUUCUUUAUUUCUAACUGCAGUUAAAAAUAAUAUAAACUUAAUUUUACAGUUUAAUGCCGAUUUAUAA